AUGUUCUCUGCGAGUCCCAACAGCAUCGCAUAUCGUACGGCAUUCGUAGCACGCGAGAUGCUUCUUCGAGGAUUCACAACAGCUCGCGAUACUGGCGGCGCAGAUUUUGCUCUUCGCGAAGCCAUUACAGAAGGAUUGGUCAUGGGUUCCAGGCCAUUCAUCGCCGGCAAAGCACUCUCGCGAACCGGUGGACAUGGUGACUUCCGUGCGAAUUAUAAAGGCGAUGAGAUCAAAUGCUGCGGUGGGCACUCGAUUUAUCUAUCUCGCAUAUGUAAUGGCGUUCCAGAGUGUCUCAAUGCUGCUCGUGAUGAGCUGAGACAAGGUGCCGAUUUCAUCAAAAUCAUGUGUGGUGGUGGUGUUGCGUCUCCUUCAGAUGCCCUUGAUGUGGUCCAGUUCACGGCGGAAGAAAUACGUGCGAUUACGACUACUGCGAAGCAGUCAAAGACUUAUGUCACCGCUCAUGCCUAUAGCGUGGAAGCCAUCCGGCAUGCUGUAGAUAACGGUGUAAGAGGAAUCGAGCAUGGGAAUUUCAUUGACGAAGAGACUGCCGCCUACUGUGCAAAAUUGGGCGUUGUCUUUACUCCGACUCUGGUGACCUAUCACGGCAUGUCGCAGCCACCGUUCGACCAAUUUCUUGACGAUUCCAGUCAAAUCAAAAACCGACAAGUGUUGGCAAGCGGACUGGACGCGUUAUCAAUUCUUAGCAAAGCUGGAGUAAUGAUUUGCUAUGGUUCCGACCUCUUGGCAGACUUGCAUAUUCUGCAAGAUAAGGAGUUUUCAAUACGAGCGGGUGUCUUGAGCGCAAAAGAGAUCCUACAGUCGGCCACCAUCAAUGCCGCAAAAUAUUUGGGGACGGAGGGUCAAUUGGGGUGUAUCAAGAAAGCAACUAUUGCCGAUAUGCUCAUCUUGACAUCUGACCCCCUAGACGGUAUUGCGGUGUUGGAUCGCAUUCAGGAUAAACUGGUGGCCGUUCUCAAGGAUGGGCGCAUAAUUUACAAAAGGUCAAGCUGGCUGUCUGUUGAUUCUUUGUACCACCCUUGUCAUGUUCAAUCUCAAUGA